AGCGCAGCUUUUCCCCCGAAGACCCAUGUCAAUGUCAUCGUGUUUCCAGCUCACCACUCCAUCAGAUUCACACCUACCACCCUUUUGACCCCAUCUCUCUCUCUCUCUCAUAUAUUUCUGUAUAAUAAUAUAUAAAAUCUCUUCUUAGGGUUUUGUCAGGGCUUUUCACCCUCCUUUUCCUGUUUUCAGGGGUCGAUAACGGUCGUCCCCGUCCUUUUUUCCUCCAAAAUUAGCUCCUUCUGAAUUGGGUUUGUACACAUACAUAUAUAUAUAUAGUUGUUUGGAAUUCAUUUUCAUGGCUUAUCAAUCGAUUCCUGGAACUGGGUCUGGCUUGCAAUUUUUGAAUUACCCUUUUGGGGACACUACGUAUACCAAGGUGUUUGUGGGAGGUCUGGCAUGGGAGACACAGAGCGAGACUCUGCGUCGUCACUUUGAGCAGUAUGGCCAGAUUCUAGAGGCGGUUGUCAUCACCGAUAAGCAUACUGGGCGAUCCAAAGGUUAUGGUUUUGUGACAUUUUGUGAUCCUGAAUCUGCCAAGAAAGCAUGUGUAGAUCCAAAUCCAGUUAUUGAUGGUAGGAGAGCAAAUUGUAAUUUGGCUUCACUUGGGCGGCCUCAACCAGCUUUGCCUUAUGGACGCCUGCGAUCAGCAAUGCCCUAUUUUGGAAUACACCAGAUGCCUAGGGGCGCAUACAUUGGAAGCCCCAGUAUCCACCAACCAGUCCCUUUCAGCUAUCAACCUGGGGUUGCGUAUCCACCAUAUGGGUACACAUCUUUUGGACCUGAAUAUGCCUACCCACAGGGGGUCUACAAUCCUCACAUGGGUCAGCAUUACCUUCAAAUAUAUGGCGUACCAGGCACAGUUAACACAAAUAUUGUCCCAUAUGGACAAAUGGGUCAUCCUCUCUCUGGCAACCAUGGGUAUCCAACCAUUCAGGGCUAUGUGACACCAGGUCGUCAUGUUCUGCAAUAUGGGGGACCCCUCGUCAGUGGAGUAACUACAGACACUAUUGCCACAACUCAAGCACCAUAUCUUGCAGGUAUACCUGCACCAGCUCCAGGACAGGCGCGAAUUAUAAUGCCUGGUCGUCCUCCCCAGUUCAUUCAGAGUAGCGGUUCUGAUCAAAUGGCCGGUUGAGUGGUAGACAGCAAAGAGACAGAUCUUGAGGCAAUCCGUAAAUUGCAAGAGGACUAACACCAGCUUCUACUUGAGUGGCAGACUUUGAAUCUAACCUUGCAAGUACUCAUCUUUGCAUUUAAGAGGUCGUCCGAGUCGUGUUCACCAAGGAUACAGUGGAGUCGCUUGUAAGAUAUUGAGUUGCUCUGAGUCCCAGUCUAGAAAAACAUGGUUAGGGGCAUGGAGGAUUGCUCUUUCACAGUCUGUAUGACGGACUUGUCCCGCCAGGUCACUGGUUUGAGUUUGGAUUUUUAGAUUGCUGGAAUAUGGUUUCCUGCAAUCUUAUCGAAGAGAAUCAACAUAUGAUUCCUGAAUUGGUCUGGACCCCGGGGGUUUGGGUUCUGUAGUUAGAUUCUUGCAUUUUGUGUUAAAUGGCGUCUAAAACUUGUUCAUCAUUUCAUAGCAUCAAGUCGAGGUUGAUGGAAGAUUUAAUCACUUAAAAUUAGGGGUUUCUUUGUUUUAGUGACUUGGAAUACACACACCUCUAAUGGGUAACUAUGGGGGCAAAAGGUAGUUAAAAAUUCCAUUCUAGUAUGCCCACUUGCUUGGCCUUCUGGCUGCAGUCGAGAGCUAGUACUCUUGAUUGAUUCAACUUGUCUGAAGAACACUUUAGGUUUUUUUUUUUUUUUUUUUUUUUUUUUAAAUUUUUUAUUUUGUAGGUACUUCAAUCAAGACAAAACACUUUAUCUUGAUUGAUUCAACACUUGAUUUGGUUUUUUUUUUUUUUUUUUUUUUUUUUUGUCUUUGUACUUUUUUUUUUUCCGUCAUAAGUUCAAGAUUUAAGCAUCUUAUUUGCCAUUCAUUUACCCCUGCCCCGGUUGUGGAGUGUGCAUAGGUGAAUUAUGUUCAUGUUUCUGUUUGUUCC